GGUAGAUCAGGUACCAUAGAAGAGAGUCGAGUGAUUAGGUGGAUAGAUUAGACGAUUAGAUGACGCCGCAAGCGACAAGGGCGACCCAAGGUCCAGUGAUAAGUUAAAGCCAAGGUCCGCCGCCUGCCCAAAAUUGAUACCUCCUGACCUUAGGUAAAUGCUAGGUAAAAACUUAUGUAAAUGAUCUUAUUACUUACUACACACACAAGGUGAGACUUCUCUCUGAGCUCUCAAUUAAUUCGAUCAAUCAUAUGGGGUUAUAUAUCCCAAUGGUUUGAUGAAGAUACCCUUCAUGAUUCGAUCGUUGAUUUCGUUUCUUUCGACCUUUCGUCAAUUGUUGCCCUCAAAAGAUCACUUCUAAAUGUCCAAUGGACCUUUACCAUCGGUGCGAUGUCUCCUCUCGAACCUCCCUUCUAUGCACGUGGGGGACAAGGUUAGAUUUCUAGGAUGCGUAACUGAGUAUUCGACACAUUCAGCUAUAUUGACGCUUCAGCAUGAAUUCCCCAGAGGAAAUAAAACCAUAGUCAAUGCCGACGUUACGCUUCUUCUCCAAAAUCUCAAUUCCGAACAGACGGAUAUUGGUCAAUGGGUCCAUGUCAUAGGUUAUAUUACAUCCAUCAAGCAGCUGUCCGUUAAAAACAUAAUGGGACCUAAUCCGGCAAUUGUUGGGGCGCAGAUUCUUGUUCUUUGGACUGCUGAGGACUUGGACAUCCCAUCGUAUGAGAAGGCGCUCAAUCCCGAGCCUGAUUGACCGAAACGGAAGGCCCCCAGGCUCCCACGCAAGCGAUCGGUGGAAUUACCCAAGGAAGACUUUCAAGCAUGAGGCAACAAAAAAUACGAUGCAUACCACUCGCAGAACUGCCAAUGUGCUUAUACGCGUUGGGACCCCAGCAGCCGCCAUUUGACAAUUUGCACAAUUGCGCGUUUUCAGAGCCAGCCGUCCACACACAAUUUGCUCGAACAAUUCCCAGCCACGAAGACAUGGUUACAAAUUGAUUUAGAUGACGAAUCGUUAGUCGUGUCAUUCGUCAUUUGGUACCAUUGCAUUGUCAACAAUGAUACUCAUCGCAAGACAAUGCUUUGUUGCAAGUACACGAGUCAUAGUCUGGUGAAGUUUAUCGAUGCGCUGCAGGCUUCUCGGAGGCUAUGCCAAGAGUUAC